UCCCUUUCAGCACUUACGCAACAAGACUUGGACUACUUCGCCAAGAAUAUUCAACUCAACUUUUCAUUGAUCGAGAACUCUUUUUUCAACAAGAAGCUUUUCGAAGCAGAGAUACUUCUCACCAACAAGGGCAAAAGACCGUUCCCUCCCUUAGGGUGGGAGAUUAUAUUCUCUCAGGUAAUU